GGGAUUUAUAAGUAUAGACAGUGAAUCAAUACUUUCCAAUAAAGUCAUUAUGAUAAAAUAUACUGUAACAUAAAGAAAAACUAUAAAAGUUAGCAUGUAGUGUAAGGCAUCAGCGCAUCAUGAGGAGAUUUAAACAACGUAAUCUAGAGUUCUUAGAAUGUAUAUUACAGCAAAGGAAAUGAAAUGUAAUAAAUGAAUAAAUAUUUAUUCCAAGAAAAUAACAUGUCUGAAUUAAUACAGCAUCAAUAGGCCUCAUGGAGGUUAUCAAUCGUUCAAGUUAUCGUGAGUGAUCGUACAUUUCUGAAGCUUUCAAGAUUGGAUAUAAAUUAAGGAACUAUAACAAAAAAGGAUACCUUGGAUUGAUUUAAAAUCAUUACUCCCAUUUACAGUCUAACUUGGUUCUAUAAUGAUACUUGGACAGCUGCAUAUAAAGCCUAUAAAGCAUCUUAUCUUAUACUGGCACAUUAGCCAGUUUAGCUGUGACCACACGGACAUCAUCUAUCAAAUAUAAUAACAGGAUAUAAAACAAACCGCAAAAACAUGAACUGAAUUAUCGCUCGCUAGCAAAACUGAUUACAAUGACAACAAAGUGAGAAGAAGAAGCACGAUUUGUGAGCUUGAAUUAUUUGUCGUUGAUGAUUGAUCAUACUAGCAAUUUAUUUGUAGAUCAAAACGACCAUCAGUUAUGGCAAACAGAUGAUUUUGAUGAUUAAAUAAGCCUUUAAUAUAUGGAAUAUUCAAACAUGAUGCUGAAUACAAAAUGAUGGUUAUUAUGACACAGUAAGUGUAAGUGUAAGUGUUACGCAGGAAUCAAAGUGAUGUACUUUAUACUGUAAUUUGCAGGAUAUCAAAUUAUCGUAUACCAUCAAUUUAAAAAAUAGAUAUUUAAUAACAAACAGAAUGUUCUGUGCAAUCUCAUGCAAAGAUACCUCACGUGUUACUGUUAUGUAGCAUAUUUUUUGUAAUAACGUGAUCACUAUGAUUGGACCACACACCUUGCAUGAGAACGCUUAUAAGCAAUAAUGCUCAUCAUUUACUUUUUAUCUGACUGUAGAAGAUGCUCUUCAUCAGCACAUGAACAUUUGUAAUAGAAACAUUUCGUACAGAUUUUAGAGAAUUAAGUUCAGCUAUGGAGGUAUUACAAAAUGAUACUGAAAAUGUGGACAACUCAACAAAUGACAUUCAAUCGACAUAUGAGUUGCUUCAAUCGAAUAAAGGAUUUAUUAUAUACAUGGCGAUUAUUUUUGUUUGUGGGGUAAUUGGAAACGCUAUAAUAAUACGGGUAUAUUGGAAAAGGCAGAAACACCACGCUUCAGCUACCAAGUCAUUUAUCAAAACAUUAGCCGUAACUGAUUUACUUCUUUGUGUGCUUAUCAUACCUUACAGUAUUAUCUUCGAGCUGCACUUGAUACACAAUUUGGUGCUCUGCAAAGUAUUUGAAUUUAUUCGUCAUUUUAUGAUUGCUCAAGCCUUGUUAACGAUGGUGGGGGUGGCUAUUGAACGAUAUUUUGCCAUAUGUCAUCCCCUGAAACAUUUCUCUCGAUUACUGGGUCGAGUCAUAAUCACUGGCUGCACACUGGUAUCAUUCCUAACCGCUUUGCCAAUCCUUUUUACAUACGAACUGCAUUACAUAAAUGGACAAGCGCAUUGUGAUAUGCCGCUUGAACACACAAGGCAUGGCUAUGGCGUUUUUCUCACGAUAGGAUUUCUAGGUAUGAUCGUGACAACUGUUGUAUUGUAUGGCUUGGUGUACAAAGUUGUGUUACAGAGAGCAUUGCGCUGGCGGAAAAAAGUACAGCCAAUCAACACGUCACAAAAGAGAAAAGAUGGAGAUGACAAUAUGAAAUCAAGUUGUAUUUCAUUACCUAACAGAAUCGAGAAUUGUACAUCACCAAGCUGCUUAAAUUGUUCAAUGAAAACAAACAGCAGAAGCGAAUAUACUGGGGAUGAAGAGGAUAAAAAGAAGACUGUUGACAUUAGAAUUAACAACAGAGAAAAUCAAUACAUAGCUCACACGUCCUCAUAUAACGAGCCAUUAUCCAAUCAAAAUUCAGGAAAAAUUGAAUCCGAAAAACCCAUUAUGACAACGAAACUUCACCCCAGCCCCCAAACAACUGAAAAUCCCAACAAAAUAAAUGAAAGCGAAAGGAUGAAUCGUCCCAUGUCUUUAGAAAUCAAUUCAGACCUCACAGGAUCAAUGAUGCCUAAAUUGAAAUCAGCUGAAAUUGGUCGAUAUUCCCGAUUUCUACAGCCACCUCCGAUGAUACGUAAAAAAUCUCUUUGGAUAGAGGAUGUGCCACUGUCGCCAUCUUCACCCCAAACCCCAAAUUGCAAAACACUUCCUCAGGACACAAAGACUAAAACAAACUGGCUAACAAAGCCUCAUUAUACCACUGCUGGCAUGCUAUUUGGUGUUACGAUCAUUUUUAUUAUAUCUUGGAUUCCGUUCUGGUUGAUUAAGUUCCAACUUCUAAGCUAUAGUAAUGUUCUUAAUUACACUUUUCUCAUCAACCAUGCAAGUAAUGCAAUCGUUUAUUUCUUAUGUAAUAAAAGAGUUAGAAAUGAUAUCGUGAAAUGUAUUUUAUGUAAGCUGUAAAUCCAGGGUAAUUACAAUAAAUAAAAGUUAUAAAAUUUCACUAAACAUUAUCACAAAUGAACAAUAAAGUUGAGCUUAUAACAAAAUGAUAAAUAAAUGAUACAAAAUGAAUAAUAAUUUCAUCCAGAGUAAAAUGGCAACUAACAAAAUACACUGUAAUCUUAUGUUCAAUCUUUUUGUUAUGAAAACUGAUAUGGUAGCUUGAAAUGUAUUUUUAUGUAUUUUAUAAUAUAGUAGUUACAUAUUAAGCAGAGCACAGUUAUUUUUUCUCAAAACACAGUAUAUGAAACAUGCUUUGAAAUGACUACCCAAGUCAAAAUGACUACCCAGGUCAAAAUAUAUGUAUAUUUAACACAGAGAUGCAUUUGUAAAUAAAAUUGCACUUAACGAGAUUUAUCACUUUUGUUGUUUUAAUUAAUUG